GUUUUUAUAUAUAUAGCGCACAUGCGCAAGAUCUACGAUUUCUAAGAGCAUGAGAGAAAAAUAGAAACAAUUGACAGUAAAUGUCAAAACAUUAUUCUAAUGUCUUCCAACAGUCAGUCACAAAACAUUCAAGUCACCAUUGAACUUGGCCACCAGGCAUCUUUUAAGAAGAAACCGUCGACAGAAGGAUACACACAUGAUUGGUCUGUGUUUGUACGAGGACCAGAAGGAAGUAAAAUACAACAUUAUGUGGAAAAAGUUGUCUUUCAACUACAUGAAUCUUUUGCUAAACCAAAGCGAGUUGUUAAAGAACCACCAUAUCAAGUGUCGGAAUCAGGUUAUGCAGGCUUUAAUUUUCCAAUCAUCAUAUACUUUCGCAAUAAAGAAAUACCCAAAAAGAUAUCCUUUGAUUACGACCUGUUUUUGAAUGCUGAGAACUGUCCACCUAUAAACAAUGUCAGAUACGAAAAAUUAACCUUCAAGAAUCCAAACGAAGAGUUCAGACAAAAGCUCUUAAAGGCUGGUGGUCAACCAAUGGGAAAUCCUGCCUUAAUGGAAACUGCGGGAACCCCUAGUAGUAGCAGUAAAAGUGAUAGUGGUAAAAAACUGCCCAAAUCAUCUACUAGUACCACAUCAUCCAAAGAUGGAUCGAGUUCAAAUUCAAAGGACAAAACACCAAAGCAUAAAUCUAGUUUAAUAAGUAGUAACAGUGGUGGAGGUUCCAGUAGUAAACCGUCAACACCACAGUCAACGCCUGUAGCAUCAAAAGAAAUUAAAUCUGUCACACACACCACAACUAUUUCUGUUUCUAAAGAUCACAAAAGUCGUGGUAAAGAAGCACAGAAACGUCCAUCCACAUCCUCUCCUCCCGAUGAAGAAAUGUCCGGGAAAAAGAUUAAGAGAAGUUCCUCAAUUUCCUCUGAUCUCGGAAAGGAAAAACACUCCCAUAAAUCGGAUAAAGAUAAGAAAAAAAGUUCAAAAGACAGUUCAAAAAGUAAAUCAAAACAUUCUAGUAAAUCGGAUAAACAUGAAAAGAAGAAAGAUAAACAUAAACAUUCCAGCAGUAGUUCAGAUAAAAAAAUGAAAAAUACUUUAAGUAGUAGUGAAACCAAGACAUCAUCGAAUAGUCAGUCAUCUAAAAAAUCAUCUGAUAGUAUUCCUUUUCCAUCCGAUAUUGCAAUGAAAACUGCAUUAUUAUCUCCGUUGAAAGAUAGUUCUGAUGACGAUGAGGAUGAUAAAACAGUUAAGAAAGAUAGUGAUUCAGUUUCUAGCCUCAGUUCUGAUCUCAGUUCUAGUUCUUCAAGUAUUAGUUUAUCACCAUUACCAGAAGCGGAACGCAAAAAAAACAACAGUAAAUAUGAUGCUUUAAUGGCCGAGUUGGGAGAUUCUGAUUCAUCAGAUGAUGAUUUUAAUGUUAAAAUUCCAGUUAUCCCACCCUCUCCACCACCACCACCACCACCACCACCAACGCUACCAAAAUCUACACCAGAAACAAAACCUGUUGCUGUGAUAGAAAGUAAACAAACCAAAAAAUCAAAAUCAUCUUCUAGUCAAUCUAAAAAGUCCAGUUCCAAAUCUGAAAAGUCUAAAUCAAAAGAAUCGAAAAAGAAAGAUUCUUCCAAAUCCUCGAAAGAGUCCAAAACUCCAAAUAGUAAGGAAUCCCUUGAAGUCAUUCAAAAUGGAGUGGCAAAGGAAGAUAAUAAAAGUGAGGUAGUAGCGGAAAAUGGAGAGACAUUAGCAAGUUUAUGGGAAUUACAUGAUCGCAUAAUGGCAUCUCGUGAUAGUGAUAUGUUGGAGGAAGUUGUUGGUCUCAUUCAAGAAACAGGUUUAUUUAAAGUGACAGACACUAGUUUCGAUUUUGAUCUUUGUUCUAUAGAUAAGGAAACUGUGCAGAAAAUCUUUAAAUGUGUAUCAAGUGUAUCUUAGCAGGCUCUUUAUUAAAUAUGUUGUACUUAGUGCAGUAUUUUAGAAAAAGCAACCAGUUCUAGCCAAAACUUAGUCACAGUGUUCUUUACUUGUACAUAGAUAUAUAUAUAUAUAUUGUCUAUUAAACCUAGUCAGUGAUUGUGUAAAUGUUAAGUACUUUUUGUUAAAGUAUUUUGACCCUCAAAUUCACAAAUUAAGUAUAAAAGCAUAAUGCUCAAAUUGUAUUUACAGGGCUAAGAAAGCCUGAAAACAGUCAUUAUCUGUUAAACAGGAAAUUAUUUAUAAAAGUUGGAUGUGCUAUUUAGUAUGUAAAUGUAUGUUUUAAUUAAGCUAUGUUAUAAUAUUGUAUAUUAUUGUUUAUAUUUUACUGUUUUUGUUGAUAAUUGCGAACAAAUAUUUUACUAGCACUAGUUCAUCAAAUGAUAACUCAUCAUUGCCCAAGCAUAUUAGUGUGUAUUUAUUUUAAACAAAUUUUACUUAAGUUUGUCAAGGUAGAAAAUUUAUAAUUCAAAGUUGUAAAUAUUCCUGUUAUUCUGUAUCAUAAUUGGGGUAUUUAAGAAGAAAGUAUGAAAAAAUAGCAUACAUAAAAACAUGUGUAAAGAUACAUAACUGAUCUUUAUUUUGGUGGAUAUUUAUUUAUGUCAUGUAAAUUAUGCAAGAUCAAGCAUUUCUGGUUGUUUUAAAGACCUAUGUGUCAUUGUUUUCCCCAUUCAAAUAAAGACAUCAAUUUAUA